AUUCCUAUUUUACCAUCCAUAAACUCUACAGAUAUCACAAGCACCCCUUACAAUCCCCCUAUAUCUUGACAAGAGCCCCGACUUCAAUACUAACGUUUUAGAGAGAGAGAGAGGACUUCAAUACAAACGUUUUAGAGAGAGAGAGAGGACUUCAAUACAAACGUUUUAGAGAGAGACACCCUUUGCUCAAUAGCAGAGAGAGUGGAAGCAGAGAGAGAGAGAGAGAGAAAGAAGCGCACAGUGCAAUUGUAGAGAGAGAAGAAGAAAAUGUUUGAGGAGUUGAGGUAUCUGAUGGGCGGCUCCGCCGGGGCGAGCGGCUUUGGUUCCAAGUCCACGGCCGAGCAAGUAACGCCGGAGCUCGGCUCCAUCACAGCCAUCAUCACAGGAGCCACGUCGGGGAUCGGCGCCGAGACGGCUCGGGUUCUGGCGAAGCGGGGCGCUCGGCUCGUACUGCCGGCCCGGAGCCUGAAGGCAGCGGGAGAAGCGAGGGCGAGGAUUAGGGGGGAGAUUAGUGGAGCGGAGAUUAUCGUCAUGGCGCUUGAUCUCAGCUCCAUGGCCUCUGUGCGAUGCUUCGUUUCGGAGUUUGAACGGUUGCGGUUGCCCCUCCAUCUUCUCAUAAAUAAUGCCGGUAAAUUUUCCCGGGAGUAUGCGGUCUCUGAGGAUGGUGUAGAGAUGACGUUUGCCACUAAUCACCUCGGCCAUUUUCUAUUAACAAAUCUGCUUCUGAAAAAGAUGAUUGAAACUGCAAGAGAAACAAGCAUUGAAGGGAGAAUAGUGAAUGUUUCUUCGAGCUUACAUGGGUGGUACCAUGGUGAUGGAAUCGAUUAUCUUGGACUUAUAGGCAAAUCCCAUAAGAAAAGGAACUACAAUGAGAGUCAUGCCUAUGCACUCACAAAGCUGGCCAACAUUUUGCAUGCCAAAGAGCUAUCAACUAGACUUAAGGAAAUGAAUGCAAAUGUAACCAUCAACUCCGUCCAUCCCGGGAUCGUUCGGACAAGGCUCACCAGGGAACGAGAAGGGUUUCUUACAGACCUCUUUUUUUUCCUUGCGUCAAAGCUCGUAAAGUCGAUUCCCCAGGCGGCAGCCACGACUUGUUACGUUGCAACAAACCCGAACCUCGCAGGUGUUUCUGGUAAAUAUUUUGCAGAUUGCAAUGAGGCUUCAACGUCAAAGCUCGCUGGAAGCAAAUCUGAAGCCGAAAAGCUUUGGAAAUUUUCCGAAGAAAUGACCAUGAAGAAACUAUGACCUCUCUCUCUCAAAUCCACACUCUCUGUGUUUCUAUCUCAUUAGUUUCUACUCUCUCUAUUCUCUACUUUACACUCACUAUCUCUGUAGUCUAUUCUCUCUAUACUUCACAGGAAAAGAUCAAAAGAACUACAGUAAGGGGGAAAAAAGUUUUAGGAAUAGUAAUGGUAAAGAGGAUAAAUAGGUGUUGUACUUUUUAAGAGAUUACAGUAGUUUUUAUGUAAAUAGGGAAUUUUGUUGUUAGUUGGGAGAGUGGGAGAAUAGGAGCCUUUUGAGGUUUGGGGAAUUUACUCCCCCAUUGUAGUAGUAGGCUCUCCCUAUUAGUAAUUAACAUAUGUAGAAAAAUGUAUACAACAGAAUAUUGAUCAGUAUGAACUUGUUAUAUAUAUAUGAGCUUGUCAUUAGUGCAAGUAUUACUUUUGA